GGCAGUCUCAUUUAUAGUCGAAGGCCCAUCCGUUAUAGUAUAAGGACCUCUCUCUCAUCUCCAUCUCCCAUCUCCAUCUCCCAUCUCCAACCGUAUGUACAAAAAUAUUAUUUAUUUUGCCAUUAUCUAAUAUCAACCCCCCUCUCUUCCUCUCUGAUCUCUCCCUCUCAAACCAAAACUAUGGAAGGCAUUUCUGCUAACAUGUGCACCAAGUUCAGAGGCUACUGGAGGAGGAGAGGCUACCAGAGGUUAAAUGAAUCCGGCCGUAGGCGGAGGAAUCAGGUGGAACUCGGUUCCAACCGGAGGAGAAGAUUAUGGCGGAUCAAGAUCAAACCCAAGCUUAAAAUUCUCAAAAUGACUUCUCCUAAGAAGUUCUUCGUUUGGCUACGCGAUGCCUAUGUGAAGAUGAUGAUGGGAUUCGCUAACUCCCGGGUGAUUGGAGCAGGAGGCUACGUUUCUGGAGUACCGGAUGGGAUCGCCGCUUUUGGGCAGCGCCCUCUCAAGGAGUAUGAUGAGAAGAUGGUGAUUGAGAUCUAUAAGUCGUUAGUGAUGGCGCAGGGCUUAGUUCCCCGAGACCCAUCCAAGCUUGCCUCCAUGUCUAGACUGGCUGCUAUUGUAGAAUAGUAUGGCUUUUAAUCGUCGACCAUCCGGUAUGGCUUUUAACCUUUUUUUUUUUUUUCUCUAAAGUUCUCCCCAUCAAAUUAUUGCUUUUCUUUUUAAUUUAGUUAUUGUAACUGUAAUAAUUGGCCUUUUCAAUUUGGCAAUUAGAUGUCUUGCUCAGUCAGGUCGAUCAAGACCUUCAAAUUAGGAAAAGGAAAAUUCUCUUCUUUUUGUUAAUGUUUUGGUGACAGAUAAACAAGAAGUGGGUCUAAGUCCAAAUGCAAAUAAUCAUAUCAAGGGGUCCAAUCCAAUCCAAUCCAAUCCAAUCCAUAAAGGAACCAAUUUCCACUUUCUUUGAUUUAGACGAUGAGUCGAUUAUGGAUUAUCAAGUUGUCUCCUUGCUUUGAAUGAGGUGGAAAAAAAGGUCUCAAAAUUACAAUUAAAACAUACGUUUACAAUGGUGAACUCGAAAGUAAUUACGCAUAAAGAUUGUGAUAAAGCUUAAUGGGAAUCUUUGCAUGUAGUGUGAGUAUGCUAAAGCAGAAGCAUGUGUUGUUGAAUAGCAUCUGCCGUUGGUUUAGCUUACAACUUUAUAGAGUCAAUGUUGUAAGAAGUCAAAAGGAACAUGCUUUGGUGCUUCCAAGUAGUAGUUUAUUUAUUACUACUUCCAUUUCCAUUU